AUGAUUUCUUCAUACGGAACAGUUCUCUUCCAAAAGACUAUUGAUGUCCUUGUUUCCCAACGUGUAACCGAUAAACAACCUUUUAUUGAAUCGAUUCUUCAGUCUCCAACAGUUGACGAAUAUAUUUUAAAGAUUUACGAGCGCUCUAACUCACUCGUUGAUCAAGUUCAGGGCGAAAAGCUAUUCCUUCUUGCUCUUCUUCUUACAUCCAAGCAUUAUCCAGAAAGUGCUGAGAAGGCCACUGAAUACCUUAACCAGAUUGCCAAGUACACCAGAAUCUUAUCUAACUAUGAUGAUUACCAACUUUAUAACGAAGUUUUCUUCGAACUUGUCACAAAGGCCAAUCCAAACGACACCGAGAUCACAAAACACCAGCUCACACUUGCCACUCUCUCCACAAAGACCCAACAGUAUUGCGGCGAUGCUGUCAAGCUCGCUUAUGUUGAGUACCCACAGACAAGAGAGUCAGUUCACGCCCUUGCAAUGGCCAUUGAGAACCUUGACCUCAACCCAGAAGGCGGCUUAGAGUCUGAACUCAAGGCUAUCAUGCAGCACUUGACAAAUCCAGAAGAACUUCUUGCCGACGUCAACAAAUUCUUACACUCCGAGACACAAGUCGAUGUCGCUUUAGAGUUAAUCCACAAUCUUCUUGAGAAGGUCGAUGCCGAAACGAAAGUUGCCAUCUUCAAGAAGGUCACACCAGAAUUACCAUACAAAUUCUCUUCGUGCUCACCAAGAACUCUCAUGUAUAUCGCUAAGAUUCUCAACUUGAUGCCAAUCCCCGAAGAAUAUAACGAACUUGACAAGUUCAACAUUGCAGUUCAGCUUAGCUUUGCCGCUCCAAACCUUUCAGGCGCUAUUACAUCAUUCGAUGACCCACUUGUCCCAAUGCUCAUCGAAUUCACACAAAAGCGCAAAGAUGCACCAACAUUUGAGAUUGUUGUCAAGUCAUUAGCUCCAUAUGGCGUAAUUAUCUACGCAGUCAACUUCGGCAUCUUCGCUUCAUAUCCAGAUGAGGUCAAGAACGCCCUUAAGGAACCAAAGUUCAUUAUCGAGGCAAUUCACUACCUUCUUAAGAACAAUGCUGUUACAGACGACACAAUCCAGAUUGUUGCCGAAGCAUACAUCAACGCCCUUAAGUCUGAUAUCCUUAAUGACGAGGAGCAGCUUAAGAAGUGCGUCGAAAUUUUACCACAGUUGAACCAAUUCCACGCAAUUCUACUCAAGUUAUUCCUUGAGAACUGCGCUUACAUCAACAACGCCAUUGUUGUCCGCAAGUUCUGCGAAUUCCUGAUCAAGUCAGAAUUAGCUGCCUCAGAGCAAUUCCCACUUGAGACAAUCGGCACACUUGCCCGCUAUCUCAUCAUUGACGAGGAGGAUACACAGACAACAGCUACAGUUUCUAAGUUCCUUGGCAUUCUUGCAAAUAUGGAGUCAAUUCCAUGCCCAACAACAGCAAACAACAUUGCAACAUACUACUGCUCAGAAGGCGACCGCAUGGCCCAGUACCAGGCUUACCUUCUUAAGCAGGCCAUCGCAUUCCCGAACACAGGCUACGAAGCUCUUGCUGCUGGCACACCAAAGCUUACAGACAAGAACACAACAAUUCUUACAAAGAACAUUGAGAACUCCUAUGCCAACCAGAGACUUUACUCUCAAUACUUCAUCAGCCUUUCAAGAAACAACGUCACACAGGCACUUGAGCAGUUCAAGGUUGCCGUCAACGAUGUUGUUCCAGCAUUAAUCCAAUUCACAAAGCCACCACCACCGAAGGAAUUCUACGAUGCCGCCUUCUUUACAAUCCUUUGGCUCGUCCAGAACGUUGUCAAAGAGGAGAAGGAUAUCAAGCUUCUCUUUGCCAUCACAAGGAUCGCAAUCCCAGGACCAGCCAUGACCGACCAAUGCGCUGAUUCUGUCAUCAAGACACUCAAGGCCCUCAUUACUCUCAACAAGGGCAGCAUUCCAGACAAUGUUGUUAAAAAGAUCCUUGACUCCUCAUUCCCAGAGUUCAUCCCAAUCAUGUUCGCUGCCAUCGGAAAGGAGAGAAUCGACGAUGCAAUCAUCACAAUCAUCCAGCACGCAAUGACAAAACCAUUCGGCUACAACUACAGCGAGCAACUCCAGGCAAUUCUCAAUGCCGGCAAGAAAGCAAAGGUUCUCGAGCGCUUCUUCCAGAGAUUCGCCAGACUCGCCGACAGAAACGAUUGCAUCAAGUUGUUAGAACUCAUGGCCGAGGUCGCCAAAGUUGCCAGACAUCUUUCCAUCCCAUACACAUCAACAAAGAAUGACCACGAGUGGAUCGAGAUCAUCAUCCCAUACUCAAUCCAUGUUGAUGAGAAGAUCAGAGGCUACGCAUUGACAAUUCUCAAGAACGUCUACGAAGUUGGCUGCAGUGUCGAGACAUCCGGAUUAGCCCACAGCGAGAUCACAACAAUUGUCCACACAUUGUGGUCAGAGAUUGUCAAGAGACUCGACAGAGACUGCAUCUUAAGAGUUUUCAAGUUCUGCGCAAAGAACUUAGACAAGUCUGAAGCUGCUUCAAUCUUUGCUGCUGCUGUCAUUGAUCACAGACCAGAUUGCAUCGAUGAGAAGGACUUCGACGCUCUCUUCCUUCUCGAGGCAAACACAUUCAUGUUCAACAACAUCUUCGAGUCCCUCAAGAAGUAUUCAGAGGACAACAAACGCAGAGUUGUUGCCAAGAUGUUCGCAAUCGGAUAUCGCCCAAUGACAUUAAGUGUCUUCCGCGCAAUGAUCAAAGAACCUGAUUUCGUCAAGGCCAUCUUCAUCGAAAUCACAGCACAACAGAACCACGACAAGUUCCUCGAGAUCGUUGAGGCAUUCUACGAGACAUCAGAGUUCGAUCCAGUCAUCUUCCUCAUUGUCUUGUCAUUCUACUCAGUCCAGAAGCAGACAAGAAGGAAAGUCAAGGGAUUACAGUCUCUCAUGUCUUCUGUCCUCUCACAACAGAUCAUCAAGUCAACAAUCAUCAACCCACAGAACUUGGCUAUCGAAGACGACCUCCACCUCGCUCUCAAGGACAUUGCAUUCAAGACAUACAACCUCUCUGUCGACCAGUUGAAGGCAAUCGCAGAAAACGCUGAAGCCUAUGUCAAGUCCGGUGAAGACAUGACAUCAAUGACAUUCGGCACAUUGUUUGCCAUCCUUGCAGCACAGUUCGCUGUUCUCAAGACAAACCAAGACCUCUGCUUGACAUUCUACAAGCUCUUCAUCAUGUCCAUUGAGAACGCAACAACACACACUGCUGGAUUCAUCCUCGCCGCAUUCAACCAAGUCACACAGGAAGACAUCAUCGAACAGAUCUCACACGAGUACAAGCAGUCCAUCAUUGUCCAUGCUGCUGCAGCUCUCGCAGAAACAGCUCUUUCUGAGAAGCACAUCGAUGACAACUUGUCACUCAUGUGCUGUGUCUUCUCUAAGUUCGAUGAAAAGGCUGAAGUCGCAGAGAAGGUUUAUGUCGCUCUCGAUGCUGCUUCCAACAAGAUCGCACACCGCAAGGAUAUGAUGGAGGCACUCCUCACAAUCUGCCACUUGCAGAAAGUCAAGUUCACAGAGAAGGGAAUCGCCAGACCAGCUGCAAUCCUCUUGCGCUGCUUCAGUGAGAGAAAGGACAUCGCAGAGAUUGCUUACAACAUCCUUAAGGAGAUCACAGAGAAGGAGACGGUUGAAGAAGUUAUAUUCGGAACAUGCGAAAACAUCGAACGCCUUCCAAAUGUUGCUAACAACUGCGUACUCUCAUGCACAGUUCCAAUGAUUACAGAGAGAACAAUCGAAAUCCUCCACGCUUUGGCUAAGUUCCAGACAAGAAUAUACUCAAAGGCUGCUGGUUUCUAUGAGAACCUCUACCCAAUAGCAUUCAAGGUUAUCGAGGAAGGUGACGCUGAGCUCGUUGACAAGGCUACUUGCCUCCUCAAGUCUUUCGAAAAGUAA